AUGCGUUUCGGUGCUUGUCUGAGUGUGGUCGCCUUUGCGGUGACUCUUCGUCUGACCUAUGCGAAGGUGAAAUGCGUCUCGGCCGAGGGUAUGAUCAUCUGUCCCAAGGACCCUGACAAAGUGGCUGACGUCGAAGUGUACUUGAUGGAUGCGGACGGUUUCUUAAACUCAGACGACACAAUGGGCUGGACGAUCAGCAACGAGAACGGCGAUUUUCGAGUAGACGGUUGUGGCGACGAUUUCUGGUCCGUGCCUGAUCCGUACUUGAAAAUCAAGCCUUCCCGCGGAUCGAAAGAACAGGCGAACUGUUUGUAUCCGGUGCUGUUAUGA